AAUAGCCACGGCGGCGGGGGCGUGCUUGAAAGCGUGGAGGCGAGCGCGGUCAAAUUUCUCGUCUCAGCCACGCCCUCUGCGGUCCCAGUUCCCCCCCUCUCCCGGUAGCGUGGUGCCUUGUUGUCAUGGUGACCACCGCUUGGCUGUCGAAGCUUACCUGAGGCGGUGGGACCGUGGCGGAGCCGCUAUGGACCACACGGGCAGCCACUACUUGGGGCAGCGCGUUCACGGCAGAUUGGAGGGGCUAGGCACUUACACUCUUCCAACGGAAACCAAAUACAUUGGUGAGAUGAAAGAUGGAAUGUUUCACGGCCUGGGCACCUUGCACUUCCCCAGUGGGAGCAAAUACGAAGGAACUUGGGACUCUGGAAUAGCCAUAGAGGGGAAAUUCACCUUUGCAGAUGGCUUGGAAUACAAAGACGAAAAGUGGCAUUACUGCGAUGGUUACGACAGACGGUUUUAUACAGAAAUCUGUCGUGGCCUGAAGCCUGCAGGCAUUUCUCAACUUACAAACUUGCAUCCUCCUCGGAGCAUCCCAGAUGGCUGCUAUGACUGUGGCGAUGGUUUCUACAAUCCUGAAACCAGGGUGGUGGUCGAUUAUAAACAACGAUUUCUUAGGAAUGCAGAUAAUGAUGAACAUGAGUGGAUCAUCCAGACAUGCCGAAAAGGUUGGGAUGAGAUUGUUGGCUAUAAACCGAAAGCAUGAGCCCUUCGCAGGAAGCAAAGAAUCAAAGUGCUGUUGGUGUGUAACUUCCUUAUUGAAUGGCACAGCCUCUAUAAUUUCUGCAUUAAGGUAGUUUUUGUUACCUUUACUAAGGAAAUAAAAUGUAAAACCUCACUUCA